UCGGGCUACCAGGCGAAGCAGCAGGCAGCGGGCCACCAGGCGGAGCGACAGGCACCGGGCCCCCGGGCGGGGCGACAGGCACCGGGCCCCCGGGCGGGGCGACAGGCACCGGGCCCCCGGGCGGGGCGACAGGCACCGGACCCCCAGGCGGGGCGACAGGCCUCGGACCCCCAGGCGGAGCGGCGGGCGCCGGACCCCCAGGCGGAACUACAGGUCUCGGGCCCUCAGGCGGAGCGACAGGCAUCGGACCCCCAGGCGGGGCGACAGGCAUCGGACCCCCAGGCGGGGCGACAGGCAUCGGACCCCCAGGCGGGGCGACAGGCUGCGGGCACCGAGUCG